UUGCUGGGUGUGUGGAUGGCAGGCGUCAAGAGAUGGAAGGGUGAAUUAAGGUGUUUGCUGAUUUGGGGCCUCCUUUGUGCCGUGCGGCUGUUCGGAGCAGACGCCGUCGAAUUGAACGAGAUGUUUGGACAAAUCAGCUCUCCCGGUUACCCGGAUUCUUAUCCCAGCGAUUCGGAAGUGACGUGGAAUAUCUCGGUGACGGAGGGUUUCCGCGUCAGUCUCUACUUCAUGCAUUUCGACCUGGAGCCGUCCUACCUUUGCGAAUACGACUACUUGAAGGUUGAGUCAGAGGAUCAAGUCUUGGCGACCUUCUGUGGGAAAGAGGACCGAGAUCCGGAACAGACCCCUGGACGAGAGCCGAUCACGUCUCCGGGAUCACAUCUGAGCCUGACUUUCCAAUCCGACUUUUCCAACGAGGAGCGGUUCACGGGGUUUGAUGCCCAUUACGCCGCUGUGGAUAUCGAUGAGUGCUUGGAGAGCAACGAUGAAGAAUUGGCCUGUGAUCAUCACUGCCACAACUACAUCGGGGGCUAUUAUUGUUCCUGCCGCUUUGGGUACAUUCUCCACUCGGACAACAGGACCUGCAAAGUGGAAUGCAGCAACAACCUCUUCACCCAGAGGAGUGGGGUAAUCCACAGCCCCGAUUUUCCCAACUCCUACCCCAAAAGCUCCGACUGCGGGUACCGCAUUGGGUUGGAGGAAGGAUUUUUCAUUACACUCCAGUUCGAUGACAGUUUCGACAUCGAAGAUCACCCGGAGGUCACCUGUCCCUACGAUUACAUUAAGAUCAAAACUGGAUCGAAAGCUGGGCCCUUUUGCGGAGAAAGAUCUCCCGGACGGAUUGAAACCCGGAGCAACCAAGUUCAAAUCCUGUUCCACAGCGAUAUCGGGGAGAACGGAGGGUGGAAAUUAACGUACACGACCACAGGGGAUCCGUGCCCACUUCUGGAUCCCCCCAUCCACGGGAAACUGGAACCCUCACAAGCCACCUACACCUUCAAAGACCAAAUUGUGAUCAGCUGCAAUCCGGGAUACAACGUGGUGAAGGACGAUGUGGAGAGCGAGACCUUCCAGAUGGAAUGCAUGAAGGACGGGAUAUGGAGCAGCCGGGUGCCGGUUUGUAAAAUUGCAGACUGCAAAGCCCCCCGAGAAAUCUCGCACGGCUCCGUCACCUUCUCCACCCCCCAAAACCUGACCACGUACCAGUCGGAGAUCCGGUAUUUCUGCCAAGAGCCCUUCUACCAAAUGGUUCCCAACGUCACAGGGAUCUUCGCCUGCGAUGCCAAAGGCGCGUGGAGAAGCAGCGAGCUGGGGACCCGUCUACCGUCCUGCCAGCCAGUCUGUGGAAAACCCAAAUUUUCCAGAAGCUCGCUGGCCCGGAUCAUCCAAGGACGAUAUGCCCAGAGAGGAAUUUCCCCAUGGAUUGCCAUGCUCCAAAGGAACGGACGCCCCUUCUGCGGAGGGUCCCUCAUAGGCAACCGGUGGGUUGUGACAGCCGCUCACUGUCUCCAUGAGGAACUGGAUCCCGAAAAUCCAGUUUUCCGAAAUACGGAUGUGAUCAGCCCGUCUUCCUUCACCGUUAUCUUGGGGAAGCACCAAACUCAGAGGCGAGACGACACGGAGCAAACCCUCCACCCUCAGUCCAUCCACAUCCACCCUUCCUACAAGGCGGCCACCUUUGAGUACGACAUCGCCGUGGUCAAACUCUCCGGAGAAGCAACGCUGAACAAUUACGUCAUGCCUAUUUGCUUCCCAGAUGGAUCGCACCCAAAAGGUGCCAUGGUCAUCGUCAGCGGAUGGGGGAAACAGUUGCUGCAACGCCUCCCAGACGCCUUGAUGGAGAUUGAAAUCCCUCUGAUCGACCACGAAGUGUGCAAGGAAGCCUACUCCAAGCUGCAGAAAAUCAUCACGACGGAUAUGAUUUGUGCCGGAGAGGAAGAAGGGGGAAAAGACUCUUGCAGUGGGGACUCGGGGGGUCCCAUGGUGGCUUGGAGCAACCGGACUGGCCAAUGGCAACUCCUGGGAUCCGUGUCGUGGGGCGACGGAUGCGGCUUGCAAAACCGCUAUGGGGUCUAUUCAAACGUCCUCUUGUCCGUCCCUUGGAUAAGGAAAGUGGCCCAGAUGCAAGGCUGAAGCCUCACCUUUGAAGAGCUUUCUUCCUUCCUUCCUUCCUUCCUUCCUUCCUUCCUUCCUUCCUUCCUUCCUUCCUUCCUUCUUUCCUUCC